GGACAGCGAGGGCUCGCCUCAGGCGCCCUGCCUUUCGACCCACAAAAAUCCAGCAUGGCGCGGGUGAAACGUGCGUGAAUCGAGAAGCUGAGGGAAAGAGGAGGAGCGGAGGAGGGAGAAAAGAGAGGGAACGCUGGCUCCGCGCUCGCCUCAGCAAACGCCGCUGCCUCCGAAACAACAAGGAAGAAGGCUGGGCGGGCGCCAUUAGGAGGACAUGCCGCUCGGGGGAAGGGACGGCAGGGCGCCCUCGCAGGCAAAGCGCCGGGGAAACGCCUGGGCGAGCGAGGAGGGCAGCGAAGGAGCCGAAGGGAGCGGCUCUUAAUGCUGGGGCAGCGGAAAAAUACGGCCACUUGCCCUCCCCCUCUCAGCGGGGAAGGCGCCUCAGUUCUAGAACGUUCGGCUACGCUACGCAGAAGCUCCCCUCCCCCUCAGGCAAAGCCAACGGAGCAUGCGCGGAACGAAGGAGGGGGAGGGGCGGGGCUAGCGGAGAAAGGAAGGAGCGCUCGAGCCGCGGGCACGUGACGCAGCCUGCAGGCGGGGAGGGGGAGGGAGAGAGGGGGAAGAACUGAGGCUCAGGUUCAGGCGCGCGAGGGUCUGCACGGCGCAUGCGCCCUUUGAGGCGCGGCGGCGGCGGCGACGUCACAUGGGUGCGUGCGCACGUUCUCUCCGCCACGAUUUGACUCCUGUGAACACAACAGACUGAGGGAGGAGGAAGAGAAGGACGGAGCCCACCGGCACCUUCUCCUUCGCAGCCGCGCCUAAACAAGGUCCCUCCAGUAGUCGCUCUCUCUGUGUGUGUCUCCGUCUCGCGCGCGGUUUCCCCGCGUGGCUGGCACACCCUCCGUUCCUUCCUCCUUUCUUUCCUUCCCGAGGGUGGGUCCAUCUGAGAAAACUAACACCCGCCGCCUUGGCCCUGAGCAGAGAGGCCCCAGGCCCGGAGGGGGAGGAGAGGAGAGGAGGGCGCGCGCGCGCCUGUCUGGGAGGCGGUUCUUCGCGCCACGCCACGCGCCGGAGCUCCCCAUUCGAGGCGCCGUCGUCGUCGGUUCCUGGCAGCGGGUUCAAGUCAUGAUGGGAAGAUCCCCCUGCCCUUUUGUGGCUGAAGAUGAUAAACUUGGCCAGGUUUUCUUGUCAGAGUAAUAGAGUAUCUUCAUACAUCCUUUUUUUGUAUGAUGCUGCAUAAUGCUCCCCUUUUGAGUAUGACCAAUAUGAAAGAAAAUCAGCCAGAACUGUGAAAUAUGGAAAAUAUUGGAGAAAUUUCAUCAGUUUCCAAAAUGGAGAAGCAAUCAGUUGUGUUAGAAAAUCAGAACGGUGGAACUGUAGCAGGUGCUGCACCUGCUCUUUAUGUCCUUGUGAAACAAAGUACUGGAAAAUCUGACCAAGGAGCCUUGGUUUCAAAUCAAGAUGACUGUGGUCUUGCCAGUAGUGCAGUACAACCAGUGUCUAAAGUGAAAACCACCCUUCCAGCUGAGCGCACCUUAGGAAGUAUUACUGUUACAUUGGACAACAGCAAUAUGUGGAAUGAGUUCUACCACCGUAACACUGAAAUGAUAUUGACUAAACAGGGACGACGAAUGUUUCCAUAUUGUCGAUAUUGGAUAUCAGGUCUAGAUUCCGAUCUGAAGUAUAUUUUGGUCAUGGAUAUUUCUCCUGUUGACAACUUUCGCUACAAGUGGAAUGGCAAUAGUUGGGAGCCCAGUGGGAAAGCAGAACCUCAUGUGCUAGGAAGAGUAUUCAUUCACCCUGAAUCCCCUUCUACAGGUUAUUACUGGAUGCAGCAACCAGUUUCUUUCUACAAACUGAAAGUAACUAAUAAUACCUUGGACCAGGAAGGCCAUAUCAUUUUACACUCUAUGCACCGCUAUCUACCUCGAUUACACCUUGUGCCUGCUGACCAAGCCACAGAUGUUAUCCAGCUGAAUGGUCCUAAUGUCCAUACUUUCACCUUCCCACAGACAGAGUUUUUUGCAGUGACUGCCUAUCAAAACAUCCAAAUUACACAACUAAAAAUAGACUACAACCCAUUUGCUAAAGGGUUUAGAGACGAUGGUCUGAGCAGUAGACUUCAGCGUGAUGCAAAACAAAAUGGUAGCUCAGAGCAGGAAGUAGGUAGUUUAUCUAGUUCUCCCAGCAAUCACAAACAUCCUAAAGAAGAUGAUACUUUGGAUCCAGAGCAGAAAGCUCUAGACAGAUCAUUUGGUGAUACAUGUAACACACAUUUGGAGAGAGAUUCACUCAGCCCAUAUCAUGACUUCCUGGGUUUCAUACAGACAGAUGUUCAUGGAUGUAAUGGCCAAGCAUUAAAGCAGGAAACAUCUGAAAGUCCAAUAGCUUCUCAAAAUGUCUCUCAUGCGGCAUCCCCACUAAACUCAAAUGGAGGUGUUGAGGUUAAGGAGGAACCAGUAGAUGACUAUGAUUAUGGGCCAAGUGUGACUGUGGAAGGGAUAAGUGUGAAGCAGGAAGACAAUGAUGUAGCAGAGGAGUAUCUCAACAGCAGUGAUUCAGUUCUGGAGCGGCAGCUGAAGAAACAAAAUGGAAUGGACAAAAAGGAAAGUGGAUCCAAUAAGCGACCCCAUGAUGGCCAGCUGGGUGUUGCCAGAGCAAAAAUGUUAAAGUUGGAUAAUGGCAAGUUGCCUGUUGUAUACUUAGAACCCUGUGCUGUCACUAGAAGUACAGUAAAGGUUUCUGCCCUUUCACCAGUCGUGUCACCUUCUAAGGAUGAGCAGUCUCCUUUGAGUCGUUCAGUGGAAUCAUUUCCUACUUCAUUUGAAAAUAGUGUUAUCUCUAGUCCAUUUGAAGCUAAGGAAACAGAUGAAAUACCAACUGGAAAACAGAUACCUGAGGAUAAUGUGUCACAAAGAUGUUCUUUAGUAAGAGAGAUGCCCUGGGAAAAUAAUGAAACAUCUAGCAAUUUGGCCUCAGAAAAUAAGGUGCCUAGUUGUAAUGUCAAGACCUCUGCAUAUAGUGAUCCCUCUUUAGCAAAAGUUAAACCCACUGGAAAAAAGUCGAAUGCACUAAGGAAUAGUAUUUCCUGCAAGAAUAUUACUGACAAUCAAAAUAUUGGGUUGCCUGGUCAACGCAAAAGGGGAAGGCCACGGAAAAUAAAGCACCCGGGAGUUGGAAGACCACCUAAAUGCACUGGAAGGUUGAUUACAACAAGUAAUUAUGCCUCUUUGGAACCUCAUGGUAUUCAUUUGGAUGUUAAGCCUGAUCUUGUGGAUGUGGAUGGUGUGCUGUUUGUAUCCUUUGCAUCCAAGGAAGCUCUUGAUAUCCACAGUGUGGAUAGAACUGAAGAAAAAGAAUUGAAAAAUACACAGACCAUUUCACUGACUACAUGUGAUCCCUGUGUUGACCAAGGUGUUCAAAUGAUACAACAGCUGGAAAAAGAAUUGUUGGAAGAUCUGAAGUCUUUUAAGUACCGGCAAGAGAUACAUCCUAGCCUUCGAGAAGUGGGAUUAAAGCUGAAUUCUGUGGACCCAGCAAUGAGCAUUGAUCUAAAAUAUUUGGGUGUGCAGCUGCCAUUAAGUUAUUCAGAUCACUAUGCUUCAUGGAAAAACUUGAGGGGCAGUUCCAGUUCUGCUGAUACUGGGGUUCCCUUUGUUUCCAGGACUGGCAAGACAAAUGAUUUCACAAAAAUUAAGGGAUGGCGAGAAAAGUUGCAUAGUUCUUCAAAAAAUGAAGGUAUCAUUAUAGAAGGCUCCUUGAAGAACCGAUCUGCCUUUUGCAGUGAUAAGCUUGAUGAGUACUUAGAAACUGAAGGGAAGUUGUUGGAAACAAGUAUGGGAUUAUCACCCAGCACAUCCAGUUCUCCUGUGGUUUAUCAGCUUCCAACUAAAAGUACUAGUUAUGUCAGGACACUGGAUAGUGUUCUGAAAAAACAAUCCAUCAUUACUACUUCCAACUCUUACAAUUUCAAGCGUCUUUCUGUGCCUUCUGUCUCUAAAAGGAAGAGACGAAAAAUAAAGAAUAGAAAGCAAGCUAUUCUUAAAAGCAAAGAAAAGUCUGUACCUGUUGUAAGAAAGCAGAAGCGCAACUUACCAGUCUUGGAAGAGAAAGUCACCAGCUCUCAGCCUAGUAAACAAGGAGCAAAUGAGGCAGAGGCUCUCCUAGCCAUAGAAGAAAGUAUGCAGGGGAAACAGAUCACUGUGCGUCAACCACAGCAGCAACCACAGCAGAUUAGUCGUUUGCCAAGUUUAUCUAAAACUCAGUUGAGACUGAUGGACUUGGAGGAUUGUGCAUUGUGGGAUGGUAAACCACGGACCUAUAUUACUGAAGAAAGAGCAGACCUAUCUCUGACAACUUUACUCACUGCUCAAGCUUCACUCAAAAACAAGCCUAUCCAUAAAAUAAUGAAAAGUCGAGCUCCGCCCUGCAACAAUGAGUUUUGCCGGCUUGGAUGUAUCUGUUCUAGUUUAGCUCUUGAGAAACGUCAGCCUGCACACUGCCGCAAGCCAGAGUGUAUGUUUGGUUGCACUUGCCUAAAAAGAAAAGUGGUCCUAGUUAAAGGAGGUUUGAAGAAGAAAAAGAUUCUGGAGAAGCCUCUGCAGGGGAGGCAAAAGUUACAUUGUGGGGAAAAACUUGACCAGCAGGAGCAGGACACUGAAAAAGAGAAGGAAGAAGACAAAUUGAAUGGAAAAGAUAAGAAGAGGAAAACAAAGAUGGAAUAUACUAUCUGUGAUACAGAACCAGAGGAGUCUGUUAAGCAUUUUCCAUUGUGGGUAAAAGUAGAUGGUGAAUUGGAUCCAGAACCAAUUUAUAUCCCAACGCCAUCAGCUGUAGAACCAACCAAACCUGUGAUGCCACCAGACCCAGAGGUCUUACCAUCUGAUGACAAGCCCUCAGCCGAUGAAGUCAAGCUUGCAACUGGUGUCAAGCCAACACGCGUGUACACACCUAGACCCAAUCCAGUGAUACGAGAAGAAGAUAAAGAUCCUGUUUAUUUGUAUUUUGAAAGUAUGAUGACUUGUGCUCGUGUUCGAACAUACACACGCAAGACACAGGAGAAAAAGCAUCAGCAAAAGUGUCUUCCAAGUUCUGAGAAACCCAUUGAAAAGGAGCAUCAUCCUGAGCUUCAGCCCAUCAAAACAGAAGAGGAUAAAGAGUCUGGAGAGAAGAACUGCUGGUUUUCCUGUAGUGCUGAGGAUCCAGCCAUUUCUUACGUACAUCAUACCACUCCAGAUGGAAGAACCAAGCUAGUUGAGAUUGUCUCUGACUGCAGUUGGGAAGAGGAUCGCAAUGAGAUCUUGAACACCUUAUCACAGCACAUCAAGAAUAAGAUGCCCAAGUCCCUCAAAGUAGGAAAUUACAUUAUUGAUCUAGAAUGUGAAGGCAAAACCUGGGGUGAGAAGAACACCCCUAUCUAUACUUCCCGAGUGAAAAUCUCCAUGCAGUCCUGUGAAAACCAGAGUGAAAAGGACCAAAUCACCAUUUUAGAGACUUCUGAUUUGUCAUCAUGCAAAAAGACAGAAAAAAACAAAUCCUUAACACCUGGCAUGUUACGGGAACAAAGAAAGAAAGGCUUGCCCUUCUAUGCUGGCCUUUCUUCUGCAGGAAAACUUUUUGCCUACACAUGCAAAUCUGGUUUGGAUCCAUCAAGUUUAAUUCAGGUUAAUGGUAAGAACUACCCACAGGCCAAACUGCUUUUGGGACAGAUAGGAGCAUUACAUCCAGCUAGUCGACUUGCUGCUUAUCUCACAGGCAGAUUGCGCCCAGCAAUGCUUGAUCUCUCAACAAUCAGUACGGUAAUAUCCAAGAUGGCUUCCAGUACUAAGGUUGCUACUUCUGAAUCACAGUCAGCUGAGACACCUGCAUCAGAAACUUUGAAAACGAUAUUUUUAGAUAACUCUACAUUGAAUUCUACGUUAACACCACCAAAUGCUAAAGCUAAUGCCUCAGCACAGAGAAAAAUAGCUAUCCGCCCAUUACUGGAUGGUGUUACCUCUCAGUUGGUUGUAAGUGCAGUUGGAGCUCUGCAACAGAAGAUUCCUGGAAUUAGAACACCCCAACCUCUGACAGGACCACAAAAAUUUAAUAUCAGAUCUACACUUUCUUCUGGAACAGCUACAGUUCCUGCUGCUGCUACCACCACUAUUACUGUGGCAUCACUUCCUGUAACUACUCCUAGCCCUUCGCAGUGUAAGAAAGCUUUCAGUACUCCUGCUAUUGCUAUGGCAAAUGCUACUGAGGCACCAGAAAAUAGUAUUGUGUCAGUUGCAACGUCUGCAGUUACUGUUAAAAUAUCAAAAUCAACUGGAAUAGUUACACCAGUUGCAACUAUUGCUUUUACCAAGUCUGCAAUAACCACAUCAGCUCCAGUGUUAACAGCAUCUUUAUCUACAGUUUCACCCACAACUGCAUCCAUAGCCACAGUAACAACGCCGACUUCACUGAUUGGGUCUGUUGGUUCUGGACCAUUGGGAAUUCACAAAAGUCCAUUAUCUAGUGAAAAGCCAGGCACCAUAAGCCCUCCAAGUUUUCCUCCUGGAGCAGAGAAACGUAUGGGACCACGGCUGCUUUUGAUUCCAGUAAAUUCAGGUUCACCUACUUUGCGACCUCAAAACAUGCAACUUGCUCAAGGGAAGAGAAUGAUUUUGCAACCUAUAAGGAAUCCUGGGGGUGUGAAUCUCUACCGACAUCCCAAUGGCCAGAUUAUCCAGCUUGUUCCCCUGCAUCAGCUCCAAACUACAGGAUCCCAGCCUAGUUUACCACCUGUAAUUCUCCGAAAUUCAGGCUCUGUUGUGGGAAUCAGGUUGCCUACACCCUCUAAGACUCCUGAAACUUCUGUCUGCCAGUCCUCUCCUGUUUCAUCUGUGAUUCAGACUACCACAGCUACAUCAGUUUUGUCUGUAACUCCUACUUUUUCUGAAUACACAACCACAGAGACCACUUCUGUUUUGCCUGAGACCUCAACCACCAUACCUACUUCGCUAUUACCCAGUACACCUACCAUUGAAGUUCCUUCAAUGUCUCUGCCCCUUGCUGUUGUUUCAACACCUCCUAACAUUGAAGCAGCUUCACUCUUAUCCAUACCCUGUACUUCUGAUAUGUCUUUAUUGCCUAUAUCCCCUUUGCCUACAUCUGUGCCCCCUACCUCUAAAGGUCUUUCAGUUGUCACUGUGCCCUCAAUCAGUGAUGUACCAUUAGUAUUGCCCAUACCACCUCCCACUGUAUCUGCAUCUUCUGUUACUGAGGCCCCUUCUAUUCUGCCCAAGCAACCUACAACUGAGGGCCCUUCAGUUUUGUCUGUGCCUAGUACCACUGAUGCUCCUCUCUUGCUGCCCACCACUGAAGCCCAUUCUGUUUUGCCUGAACCCACUGUGGAGUCUUCAGUUAUGCCUGUGUCCCCUGCCUCUCAGGGCCCAACUACUCUGUCUAGGUCUGCUGCAACUCAGGAUUCUUCCGGUCUAUCUGUGCCUCCUGUAACUGAUGUCCCUUUGGUUUUGGCUAUGCCAUCUUCUGCCACACCUGUUCUCCAUUCCACUGAAAUCCCUUCUACUUUGUCCACAUCUAUUACAAACUGUACUUUGAAGUCCAUUACAUCUAUGCCCAUAUGUCCUGUUUCAGCUACCCAAGCAGCACCUGUCAUUUCACCAGCUUUUGUUCCUGUAUCCCAAACUGGAACAUUGACUCUGAGAAUUUGUCCUUCAGGAAUAAAAAGUAACACGAAUCAUAUGAGUUCAGAUUUUAAAAUAAAAUGUAGCAGUAGUGGGCAACCAAACACUACAGAUAAUCUAAACUCUCUUCGGUCUGGCAGCUUUGCUUUGCUUCAAUUUCCAGGGAAGAAGAAUAUUCCAAGCCCUGCUGUGAAACAAGUUGCUUCCCUUGAGAGUAAGAAUAAUGAGUUCAGUGCCAUUAAACUAGAAGAAAACAUAACAAAUUCACAAGUUGUGGGAACUGUGGAGCCAAAAGAAAAUAAACUGCCAGCCAAUCAACCAGAGUUGCAUGCUGAAGAGCUUACGUGUGACCAGAAUGGUGGUACAUUAGAGAGAGCUAACAAAGAUGCAAAAAUCACACUACAGUUAGUAAGGGGUGCUGAUAUAUCAUCAGACCCUACCUAUAUCAGUGAGGACAAAAAAAGUGAAGAAGAAGUGAUGGUUAAAAGGAAGCAUGUUAAAAAUCCUGAGGACACUGAAGGCAAAGUUUUAUAUAGUUGUGACACUGUACCUGAGAGCUGCAGUGAGACUGCAGCCCUUGCACAUGACACGUUAGAAGAGGAAAAAGUUGAACAGUUAAAAAGUUCGUAUGAAGAGCAAACAGACUGUAAUCAAGCACAAAACCCAGAUGCUGGUAUAGAAGGAGCUGAGCAGACGCAGUUAGAUAUGGAAAAGAGAAUAAUUGCUGAAUGGCCUCAGGAAUCAUGGAACAAACACAAGGUAAACAUUGAUUCUACAAAGAAAGUAGCAAACAAGUUGAAACCUCUUUUAUGGGAAACACAAGAUCCAGUACCACUGGGAAGCAACAUGAACGAAAAAGAUAACUUUGUGGUAGCUGAGAGGAAAACAGAAGAACUGAGAGAGAAGACCACUAGUGUCGAAGUCCAAGAUAAUGAAUCAUCAAACAAAAAUUUGGACAAUGGUCAGGAAUUUUUACCUAAAAUAAAUCCUGAUUUGCAAGAGAAUGAUAAGACUAAUAGGCAUAUAAAGGAAGCUGCUGAUACUCAAGAAGAAAGCCAAACAUUUAGGCAGUUGGUUGCUUUGGAAUACAGUACUAGCAUAGGUGCCGAUAAGCAUGUUGAGAAAUUUGCUAAAUGCAUACAGCAGAAUACUCUGAAAACCAGCCAUCACAGAAAGGAUUCUCCACCCAUUAUUGAUAUUACCAUGGACGACACAGAAAAAGAAGAAAAAACAGAUGACUCUGCAGAUGAGAUGGUUGAUGAGAUAUCUGGCUAUCAGAGUGAAGAUGUAGUGAAUCUUGAGACAAUGGUGAGUAAGGUUUUAAAUUAAAAAGUUUACUCUUGGUAUAAAGUGAUUUAAACAAGAUCACGUUUACCUUAUUUCGUUUUAAUUUAGUGAGAUUGCAUUAAAUUACCUUAAAUUAACAGAAUUUAAAAAGUUAUGCCCAGCAGUGAAAAAAACUUAAAUUCCUAGUCAACAUAGAUUUCAGAAUGUAAUGUUAAGCAUCUGGAAAUGUUACAUACCCUUAUUAUUGGCCCAUAGCUAAAAAAUACAAUGAUUCUCAAAAGCAGAACUUUGGGCUUGGGAUAUUUGUAAUUUUUUAAAAUAAUUUAUUUACAUAUGUUUUAUGGUCCAUAAUACAACAUGUAUAAUAAAACUUUACAAAAUAUUAUCAUUAUUAGAUUACAUACUUUUCACCCCUCCCCUCCCUCCUUCCCCUCCGAUGGCUGUGACCAAGUAACUUAGGCCCUCUUCAGAAGGGCCUUUGUGGGGGCCCCGUCAUGUGCUAGGGGUUGGCCGAGGGCGCACCACCCAUACUGGCCUCACCCCUAGCACGUGACGGGGGUGUCAAAAUGGUGGUGCCCUGUACACAUGGGUGCCGACAUUUUGAUGCGAUGGAAGCUUAGUGUCCACAUGUCCCGGCGUCAUUGUGCCAUUGCCGCACUGCGGUGUCACAAACACGCCACAAGAAGAACCCGCUUUUUAAGGGUUCUUUUUGCUGCGUGAGGGAGCCACACGGUUUGUCCGUUGUGGCUCCCUCGCUCAGCAAAACAAGGCACGGAUAGACCGCCCUUUUUGGGCGGCCUGUAUCCUGCCUUUGUACCCAGUAUCCAUAAUGUGGAAUAUGUUAUUAAUAAUUUCUCUAACUUCAUUGUACCGCCUUGGGAUAUUUGUAGUAAUUUUCCAGCUGCAUAUCUAAUGCCAGAGUUUGA